AUGGACGCUGACGUCCCUCGUCAGUUACAUCAUCCCACAGAACCCAGCUCGCUCGCCGUCCACGAUCCUCAACACCAGCUUCACAACCACCACCCGCCCACCAGCUACUUCGAGUACGCCUCCCAUCCUGCUCCUCUUGACUACGGCACAAGUCCUCCCGACCCUCGCCACCACUUUCAACAGCCCUCUGGCCGCUUUACCGAAGAGUGGGACGCCAGCCAACGCGGCAGCUCCAUCGUAGACGGUCAUCGCCCAAACAACAAGCUCGCCAUGCAGCGCACCGCCUCCAUCAGCAGCUAUGCUGCCGGUGACGACAACAACUUCCCCAGCAGGAACAACACCCUCCGCAAGAAAGCCUCCAUUCGCCGCACCGGCAGCCUCAGUCGUAGCGCCAGUCGUCGCAGCAACAGAGCUGGCAGCGUCCGCAGCUUGGCUCUCCAUUCCUCCUCCGACCGCGACGAGGGCCACAGCGCCUUUUACUGCCCCGUCCCGACCUCGGGCAAUCCCACCAACACUCUUGCCGAGAGAUUUCAGACCUGGAGAAAGUUUCUCAAGGACUUGAUUGCCUAUUUUCGCGAAAUUCAAAGCCACUAUGAGCAGCGCGCCAAGUCCUUGACUAAGCUCAACAAUGCUGUCAACAACGUGCCUACUCCGGAGAGCUUCCUCAAGUCCGCCGGCAUCGAUGACGCGCUGCAGCUUCUGCGCUCGUACAACAAGACUGCCGUCCAGGAAGCCCAAAAGGCCAAGGAGAUUGAAGAAGACGUUAUCCUCGCCCUCACCGGCCUGCGAAGCGAUCUGCAGCAAAAGAUCAAGGAAAUCAAGCAGCUUUCUGGCGACUUCAAAAAUGGGGUAGAAAAGGAGAUGAACGCCACCUCAAAGGCCGUCAGCUCCUUGGCCGAUGUCCUCGAUAAGAGUGACGUCGACGCUUCUUCAACCACGGGCAAGCAGGACCCCUUCCUUCUCCGCCUUGCCGUCGACCGCCAGGUUGAGCGCCAGAUCGACGAGGAAAACUAUUUGCACCAGGCCUACCUCAACCUUGAGGGUUCUGGCAGAGAGCUCGAGUCCAUCGUUAUUGGCGAGAUCCAAAAAGCGUACAAUGCCUAUGCAGGCAUUCUCAAGCGAGAGGCCGACAACGCCUUGAACGUUGUCGGUGAGCUGCGUGAAGGCCCCAUCGCCAUGCCAAAAGACCAGGAAUGGAUUCACUUUGUCACACACGAAGAUCAAGUCGUUGAUCCUACCAUGCCUCUGCGUGCCCCCGACCAAAUCCACUACCCUGGCCAAGAUCACUUGUCGGCCCAGGAGAUCCGUGCUGGGCUGCUGGAGCGCAAGAGCAAGUACCUCAAGAGCUACACAGCUGGCUGGUAUGUUCUUUCUUCUACUCACCUUCAUGAAUUCAAGUCGGCAGACAAGAACCAAGCACCCGUCAUGUCACUCUACCUACCUGAACAGAAAGUUGGCUCCCACUCAGAAGACGGAAGCUCCUCCUCCAAGUUUAUCCUCAAAGGCCGCCAGACCGGCACUUUGCACCGCGGCCACACCUGGGUCUUUCGCGCCGAAAGCCACGACACCAUGCUGGCCUGGUAUGAGGACAUCAAGGCCUUGACCGAAAAGACGCCCGAAGAACGCCAUCAAUUCGUCCGUACCCACUCCAGAAGCCUCAGCCGCUCCUCACGCCGCUCAGCAAGAUCCGCCAGUAGCGACGGGCUCGAUGACGAGGACGAGGAACCCUUUACCGGUGGCGAAGUCGACACCAACCCCACCGCGCGCGCCGACGCGGCUCCUAGGCGACCCGAACCAGGUGGGCGGUUUCCAUCCGAUCUUCAAGUCAUGACGCAGCGCGGCUUACACGCGCCUCAAUCGCCCUCUAGCCUAAGCUCUGAUGCCCCGGAACAUCCAUCGGAUGCCCAUAUGGUUGCCGCGGCGGGCACCCUGCCGGGAUCUCACCAAUCUCAUGACGGCGCCUACCAAGACAGCUAUGGAUACGGCGGCGGGUCCGGCUACACCCCGAUGGAUGAAGUGUCGUCCCAGGCGGCCAUCGCUCACCAGCAGGCGCAGUAUGACGGUGUCAACCCGUAUACCAGCGAGCCGGUGCAGCACGGAGAGGUGGAGGGCGGUAACCUAGGUGCGGGACAUGGCGUGGUCCCAGUUGUAGUUGCAGAUACCCGAGUCAACGGUGACGGCCAGGAGCCGCACAGCAUGAUUCCCGAAGCUGCCGUGGCAGCCAAUUCCCACGAAGCCAUUAAUACCAAAACUUAUAACGCGACGGGCGUCAGCGACAAAGAGGUCAAGAGCAUCUCGGCGACCGCGGCUACGGCAGCCAUUAUCGACACCGAGGCCGUUCCCCGGUCGGAGACCCCAGCGGCCAUUCAGAAUAAGGCUCUGCAGGCGGUUCCCGAGGCCGAGGCGACCGCCCAUAUCACGUCUUCCGAAACACCGCCUGGCAAGGAUCUCCCAAAGGCCCCGAUCAGGCCCCAAGACCACCGAACCGACAGCAUUGUGACGAUUUCCAACCUCCACAUUCCCGGCCGAUUCCCCAAGGGAAGUUCCACCACGGAUGGAAACGCGACCAAUGCUACGGCAUGA